UAAUUUUCUUAAUUCCAAUAGACUAGGAGUGUUAUGCUGAUUUUUUUUAGUAAUAUAUCUGGAAAUUUCUACCGAUUCUUUUUAAUAUCAUUUCGAACACAACGGUUACAUUCCAAAACAAUUAUUACUCCUGAACAUUUUUUUUUACAUUUGGCCAUGAAGCCUCCUUUGAAUUUAUGAGUCACCCCCAACCUUUUAUUUUCAUUUUACGCAUAUUUUUCAUGGAAGUAAUGGGUGAUAUUGAUUUUCUUAUGUAACUCAUACGAUACAACUUUUAAGUUAUGAAAACAAAACUAAAAAAGAGUCAGACUUCCACUGGAAUGUAGUGGAACCUUGGACUAGUGUCGGUGCUUUUUGUAAUUGUGAGAGUAGUAGUGGAGGUGGUACAUUGCAGGUGCAUAUAGUGGUGGAGGCAGAUGAGUGACACUUGAUUUACAGACCUGAAGAUGUACUAGAGAACUUUAAGUCACACGUUUUCUCAUGUGGCUCCAAGCCUUGAGGAAGCAAUCCCGUGACUAUUAGCACGUUGCUGCGGUUUAGGAUUGUCGGUUUUGCGAGGAUUUUUAUAUAUGCCGUUUUUAAGUGUUAGUUUUGCGAAGAAUUUACUUGGUAUAUGUAGGCCAUCAGUAGUUCAAAACAUUGGGAGGUUUGUGACUUCUUGAAUCAUUUAGGGUUCUUGAUCAUGUUUCUUCAUGUUAACCGUGGGCACGUAGCUUACUUUGUGUUCAGCCUUUGUUGCGAAUCUGAAGCUAGUGAAACAGAACAAAGGUUAAUUAACAAACUGAAAUCCAUAUUUUAAGAACUCGACUCAUGUUUUACAAAACCGUUCAGUUACAUUUCCAACAACAAAAUGAAAUAGAAGUUUGGUUCUUCAGUCUUCACCUCUUUUCGGUUUCAUUUAAAUCAAACGGUUCUGAACAAACCAUGUUGAACCGGGCCAACCCACUAUUCUGACAAUCUAUAGAGCUGUUGCGCAAUCUUAAGAAGUUAGAUAUAUACAUUUGCAGACAAUUCGUAUUACAGCUCAUGCGAUUGUGGGGUGAACUGGUGAAGGAGUUAAGUAGCAACAGUCGAGGAUAUUUAUUGCAGAAUAUCUUCUGGUAGAUUCUCUCUCGCUCUAGUUUUAAAACAUUCAGAAGGUAAUAAUACUAAUAGUACUGAGCCUUUCAUGGGGUUAUUGACUUUAUCUGAAGAUUAAAUACACCAGUCGUUCACAGAUCCAAGACCAUCACAUUAGCUCCUAUAGGCUUUGUUGGAUUCUUAUUAUUGGUUCAAUUCAGCUACAACCAAACAAAAAACCUUGUUUGUCGACGCAAACAAACACACAUACGUACGCACAAACACGUCUUGAGUUUUGCAUGUGUAUGUCAAAUUAUUUGUCUUGAAAAAGGAGACACAGUUGUGGCUCAAAAACUAUGUGUCCACAUAAAAAGUUGUGGCUCAAAAACUACAUGUCCAUAGGUUAUGUCCUUUUUUAAUUCCUAGCCACUAAAACCAUUUUCUUUUGUCUCUGGUUCAUUGUUUCAACAUUCUUGAUAUCUCCCCAUCCACCGAUUAAUAUUCUAUUUGUAACCGAUUUUUAUAUUCUGCACAAAGUAAUCCAGAUCCUUAUUUUUCUUGAACAUAGGUUCACCAAAAAUAACUAUUGUUCUUUCUUCAUGAUAAAGAUGUGUGUGAGUGUGGUGAACCAACAGAGCAUGAAGCUUGUUUAGACUGCAAAGCUUCGAGGGAGUGAUAGUGUGAUACUCAAGCUAGUUGUUACUCUAUAAAUGACUACAACGCACAACAGUAUUUAAUUUAUGAGUGAUAGUGUGAUUCUCUCUAUGGGACUGUCUAUGGUUUGCGUAUUUAAUUUAUGAGUAUGUAACACGUGAUAACCUUCGAGUGUGUCAUUAUCAAGCUUUGAAGCUCGAGGAAAAGUCCUUGAGUCACGGGAAAUACCAUAGUAGCUAGAGUUUUGGAGCUCAAGAUUUUCACUUUUCCUCCACCUACAUAAUUAUAUAUCUACACAAACACUAUGCAUAGUGUCGACGUUCCAAAUAGCAAGUGUCAAUUUCGUAUUUAUCUAUAUCUUUCAGUAUCUGUAAAUUAUUAUAUCUUUGUUUGAAAAUAUUGUUAUUCUUAAAAUUGUUUGCAAGAUCGUAGACUAGCCUCUUUUUUUUGUAACACAUAGACUAGCCUUCUAUUUGAUUUUCACUCAUGUAUAUUACACGCUCACUUAUUCAAUAGCCAUCUUGAUUUAAACUAUCUUACACAAAUAAUUAAAAAGCAUAUUUCCUGUAAAAUAUUGAUCAUAGAUCCUGUGAAAAUCGCUUUUCUUCUGUUUGAACCUAUGUAUUUAUGUCCACACAUUUUCUAAGCCUUCGCAAAAUUUGCUAUGCUGUAAUUCUGUUAAAUUGUUUUUUUUUUUUGUGAUUCUGUUAUUUUUUCACAUUUUCAGACAAUUAAUCAAUGUUGGGUCGCAAAAUUUAUAACACUUGUUUAUUAUUGUGGAUUUUACGUACAAGCCGUGCAUAUCGUGUAGUUCAAUAUUUUUGUAUGAGUAAUUAUAGUUAUCAAGUCUUGAUACUAAACGUAUACUUUCUCUUGCUAAUAAUGGGUCAUUUUCUGAUUUAUAUACUAUUAAGUAGGCGAUAUGAUAGAUUACGGAUCUGCACUACCUUUGAUGAAGAUCCAUUUCUGUGUACAGCGCAAAAAGUUUGAUAUAAUUAAUUUCAGCUAAAGUAAGAUACAUGUGCAACAAUAUCUCUAUUAAAAGAAAAAAAGUUUGAUCGAUCUUAAAGGAAAAUCUUCUUUAAAGAACCUUUCUUCAUGAACAUAUUCGCGCUUAAGGAAUCAAUUGUUCAUCUUGUAUUAGUGUUAUGAUGAUUGCCUACAAGUUCAAAGGAUAAAAAGCAAAGGAAAAGCAUAAUUAACAUCUUUAUAUUUUCCACUAUAUAUAUAACACGUCGAUUCGAUAUCUUAAAAGUUUCAAUUUUAAGCGGAAACACAACAAGUAAACAGUUAUUCUUCUAAAAGAAAAAGUUAACAUUGAAAUGAAGUAGAUAAGAACUCUCAAGUUUGUAAUGUCUUGAUCGUUUUCCUAAGUUAAUCUCACAUUUCUAUUAUUUUUUCAUGAUGCACUACCGAAAAAACUAUAAAAUAUAUAGCGACGAUGUAGAUAUGUCAAUUUGUUCCAAAUACAACAUUUUGGAAAAUUGAGAUAUUAUCAUGAUAUUUAAUUUUAGUUACAUGUUUAUAUGAUUUUUUGUUAUAGUGUACAUAUGAUAAUACGAAUCAUAUAUUUUUGCUACGUUCAAUUUAAUUAUUUAAAAUUACGUUGUAUGGAAACUAUAGGUUUUAAUGGUAUAAAAUUAGUCAAAUCAAUUAUUUUAGUUUUGUAUCAUAUUUUCAGAAUCUGAGACUGAUUAGGGUGAUUGUCACUGUGACGUAGCUGCAUGCAUAUACGCAUGAUGUAGCUAAAAGAGAUAUAUACAAUUAUAUUAAGAUAUAUCUUAAGAGUGAUGACACAAUGGUCGAUUAGAAGUGGGCAUCCAAUCAAAGGUGAAUCAGUAGCACUGACUCAUAAUUUGCAUCUUGUGGGCCGUUCCUGCCAUCUUCUUUCAUACCUGUGAGUCUGUGACCUCACUCUUUCCAGAAAUUAUAAUCUCUUUUAGUUUUAUAUUAUCAAAAUAAGUUUAAUAAACAAAAAGAAAAUUUUUUGGGUAAAAAACAAAGAGCAUUACAUCUCAAGUUGUGCAGAAAAAGAAAGACAGAUACGUGUUGUUGGAAAAAAGAAGAAGAAGGAGACAGAGAUGUAUGUAAACACAUCAUGUAUAAAUAGCGAGACGUUGUUGGUACGUUUGGAGAAUGUUCCACAACAUGCAAAUCCGUUCAUCACCAAUUCACCAUUCAUUAAGUAAAUGCUGCUAAUAUUUUGUGCUCACCAAUUCAAGGUGCAUCUCUCGUAGACUAGAUAGUACAGUAGUAUAAAAACAAACUAAUAAAGGAUUCAAAUAAUAGUAGAUCAAUUAAUAUAUCAAUGAGAGGAGAGGUGAGCUUUGAGGUGACUUGAAAUCUAAUUGACAUGAAUUUCUUUGGAUAUGAGUUUUCUUUGUGAUACUGAUACAGUGAUACUAAUAAUUUUAUAUUUGUUAUUCAUUUGAACAGUAAUUAGUGGAAGCUGAAAAAAAAAACAGUACUUAGUGGAUAACUAAACCUAGCUAAGAGUACUAUAAUCAGUAACGAUCACUAAUUUACAAGGGGCGAUUUCACUGAAAAUUUCAUUACAAAAGAUUUCAAAAAAAUAUUUAAAGACGUUUAUACAAUAUAAUCCCCCUAUUCUUUUUUUAUUUAAUAUAUUUUGAAUAUUCUCGACUACACAUUACAUGAUAGCAUAUUCUGAUAUGUAUGUAGAAUCGUGAAACAAUUUUAAUAUAUUUACAAAACCAGCAAAAUAAUUAAAAUGAUAAAAUCUUGUAACAUAGUAAAAAUCUCUCAACUCGCUUUCGGACACAACACAACACUCUUGUCUCUCUUAUAAAUGUUCUGUCAAAGCAAUCUCUCUCCAUUCAUUCACCUUCUCCGCUCUCCUUCUUUUAUCGUUUUUCAUCGAAGCUUACACACAACCGACAGAGACAACAAUGUUGAAAAAGCCGAGAGUAGUGAUCAUCGGAGCCGGAAUGGCCGGCCUCACGGCGGCGAACAAGCUCUACACCCACUCCAACAACACCACCUUCGACCUCUCCGUCUUCGAAGGCGGGUCCAGAAUCGGCGGGAGGAUCAACACCUUCGAGUUCUCCUCCGAGAGGAUCGAGAUGGGCGCCACGUGGAUACACGGCAUCGGCGGAAGCCCCGUUUACAAAAUCGCCGAGGAGGCUGGCUCUCUGGUCUCCGACGAGCCGUGGGAGUGCAUGGACUCCACCGCUGAUAAAGCUAGGACCUUUGCGGAAGGCGGCUUCGAGGUUGACCCUUCCGUCGUCGAACCCGUCUCGGGGCUGUUCAACGCUCUCAUGGAGCUAGCUCAGGGCAAAAAGAAAGAGAAAGAGAAAAAAAUCACUCAAAACGACGUCGUUUCGGGGUUGGGUAGUAUUUACGAAAAUGCCACUAGUGUUGGUUCGUUCUUGAAAUCUGGUUUCGACGCUUACCGUGAUGCAACCGGCAAUGGAGGGAAUGGAUCGCUCGAAGAAGCUAUCUUUACGAUGUUUAGCAACACGCAGAGGACGUACACGUCAGCAGAUGAUCUCUGGACGCUUGACUACGCGGCGGAGAGCGAGUACCAGAUGUUUCCAGGGGAAGAGAUCACUAUAGCUAAAGGCUACGUGAGCGUGAUUCACCACUUGGCCUCUGUUCUUCCUCAUGGUGUUAUCCAGCUGAACCGAACGGUCACGAAGAUCGAGUGGGAGAGUUGUGAAGAGUGUCCCGUGAGGCUGCAUUUCUCAGAUGGGUCUGUUGUGUUUGCAGAUCAUGUUAUUGUUACCGUCUCUUUAGGUGUGCUUAAGGCAGGGAUUGAGAGUGAUGACGAAUUGUUUAGUCCUCCUUUGCCUGAGUUCAAAUCAGACGCGAUCAAGAGGUUAGGCUACGGAGUUGUGAACAAGCUCUUUGUUGAAGUGUCUGAGAGGAACUUCCCGUCGUUGCAACUCGUGUUUGGUCGGGAGGAUUCGGAUUCUAGGUUCGUGAAAAUACCGUGGUGGAUGAGGAGAACCGCGACGAUAGCACCAAUCCAUAGCAAUUCGAAGGUCUUGCUUUCUUGGUUUGCAGGGAAAGAAGCUAUAGAGCUCGAGAAACUAACCGAUGAAGAGAUCAUAGAUGGUGUCUUGACCACUAUAUCUUGCUUGACAGGCAAGCAAGUGAAAAAUGGCUAUGUGAAUGGUAAUGAUAAUGAAGUCUUGAGAAUCACAAAGGUCUUGAAGAGCAAGUGGGGAGGUGAUCCUCUGUUCCGCGGCUCGUAUUCUUAUGUGGCCGUUGGAUCAAGUGGUGAUGACCUAGACGCCUUGGCUGAGCCAUUGCCAAAGAUUAAUAAGAAGAGUGGUCAGGGGAAGUGUCAUGAUCAAACCAAGGUUCAUGAGCUUCAAGUCAUGUUUGCCGGGGAAGCAACACAUAGAACUCAUUAUUCCACAACUCAUGGUGCUUACUAUAGUGGUAUGAGGGAAGCCAAUAGGCUUCUCAAGCAUUACAAAUGUGAUUUUUGAGUGUUCAUUUUAAGAAUAUGCUUUUUGGGGGAUCAAUGUGUUUAGAGAAGCUUAUUUAGUUUUUUCUCUUAAAUUACAAAAGUUAUAAGCACCUACCUAUCUAAAAAGCAAAUGUCUUCGUC